GCCGCGGUAGAAGAUGUUGUGAUUCAGGAAAAUGAGAAUGUCGUCUUUCGCCACAAAGUUUCAGGUUUUUCUUGGUAAUAAUUUAUUUCAGAGGCUUUGAUCACUUGUCGAUUGAUCUAAAAAUUUGGAGCGAUGGACGGAGAAUGUCUGUCUGUCACAGUCGUGGAAAAAGUCACGAAGAUUGAUACACUUGGAGGCUAUGUGUUCUUGGUGUUUCUUUUUUGUCUUAUCCUGGGAUUUAUUCUUGGGCUACUUCUGGCACGCUGCAUACUGCGGGAAUUAGAGGUACUUUGUUUCUUAGAAUUAGAGUGUAAGAAAUACGUUAUGAAUUAUGUAAACAUGCUUUACAUACAUUUGUACAUGUAGCAGCUGAGCUAGUGAUUAAUAGCAAUCCAUGUGGAGCUUUUCAAGAAGUUUUCGAAAAUUUUACUUGAAUUUUCCUGUGGAUGAAAAACUCAAGCAAAAAAACCAAAGCCAUAAUAAUAGACUCAAAGUGAUGAAGAACAACUUCCUUCUAGGCUUGCUGUAUUAGUCUCAGCUGGGGCUAAUGGUACUCAGUGACUCUUCUGCCCUUCCAAAGAGGUAUCCCACAUUAAUAGACAACCAUGAGACAUUUUAUUUUGUCUCCACAAUGGUAUAAGAAAUAUUUAAAUUUUGGUACGAGUUUUUUGUCCAGACAUAACUGUUGAGUCCCUGCAGCAAGCUGUCCAUGAUGGCUGGCAGGUGUCUACAUUGUGUGUGACAGGAUUUGAUUUCAGGUUCAAUUUUUAACAUCGGUUUAUUCUCAAUUUCCUCUCUCUCCUAGGGCUAGGAGACAAAGGAAAUUGAUAGUCAACUUAGGUUAAAUUACCAAAAUUAACCUGAAAUCAAAUUUAACCUUUAACGUCUACAAGGCACCUCUUGAAGUUGCUAAGGCUGGCAGAACUAACUUUGAAUCAUUUUUCUAGAAGAAAACAACAACAAUCUUUUAGCUACAAAUGUAAGCUGUAAUAAUUUGUGCAGGAGGCACACUAUUUGGGGACAUAAUUUUGCAACAAGAUAUUGUGAACAAUAUUAAUGCGCAAAAUUCAAAUUACCAGUAUGUGCCCUAAGUGUGCAUAAAAAGCUACUUUAUAAAUGAAUAUUUUUUAUAUACCUGUAGCAUUAAUUUUGUUAAUGUUAUUUUGUAAAUUGAUAUCAUCAGGGCUGUCUUUAAGGUCAGGAUUGGCUGGGGAUUUCCCCUGGCUACUAAAAAACCCAUGCGUUAAUUUGUAGGCGUAGUUCCUCCUGUUGUAGUCCAUGUUACAGGUCAAAUUUGAUCUCAGGUUAAUUUUGAUGUAACCUGGGUUGCUUCUCAAUUUCCUUUUGUCUUCUAGCCCUAGUAGACAAAGGAAGUCAAGAAUUGACCUACUGUAGGUUAAAAAUUUUUAACCUGAGAACAAAUUUGACCUGUAACAUCUACAUGUAUCUCUCAUGGAGGAAGGGACUGUUACGGAUCCGCAGAAGUUGGUGCCAUUCGCUGUUGUGUUGACCCUACCAACUUGGUGAACCUAAGUAAAUAAACAAAUAAAAAAAAAAUUCACACCUGGCCAUUCUGAUAGGAAAAUAGAAGCUGUGUUGUUGCCUGCUGACUUGAUGUAUUUACCCGGCAACUCUCAAUCUUAGCGAUGGUCCUGAUCAUGUUUACUUACAGUACAGCUGUACAUUUUAAAUAAAUAUGUCUCAUUCUUCAGGAGGAGUACUCUCAAAAAAGAAACAAAUCCCAGUCUGUAGCAAUUUUAUUGGAGACAGAAGAUGAAGUGCGGGUGCAAGAAAUGGCGACAAAGGUAUUAAGUUUAACUAUAUAGUUAUUUACUGAGAUGUUAUUAUAAUGGUUCUGUGUACCGGUAUAAUACAAAUUCCUUGAAUGUUGCCUUUGUUCAGGCUACCAUGAACGCUUUUAGCAGCAAAAGUAUACAGUUGUUUUAAAAAUUGAGGAAACUCCAGAUCUUAAAAUAUGAUACUGCCUUUGCCAUGCAAAUGGCUAGACCUUCAUGUGGCUUAGAUGAGCAUAAGUUUGGAAAUUAUGGAGGCCCCAUCUCCAGUACGUUAUCAGUACUUAAGUGCUAAAUCCAUUGACACUGUAAUAAAGAAGGGUUUAUAGUGUGUGUAAGUGAAAACACUAUAUAAUAUCAUGUUACUUUUAAUAUAAUAGUUAUUAUGAAUCACUAACUCUGUAACCAGUGGUUUCUUAAACAUGUAAUAAAAUAUACGACAUGUCUUUGAUUUGAUUAGUAUUGUUGUUGUGAAUCACUCAAUACUCUGUAACCAGUGGUAGACUCUGAUAUAAUUUUUUACUUUCUUUGAUUUCAUUUUUUUUUUCCAAUCAGAAAAUGGGCAGUAACAGAAUUGCCCCCAUGCCAACAACACCAGCAAAGAACACAGCUGAUAUUGCUAUAGAAAUGCAGCCCACUCAUCUCAGUACUGGCAGUCUUCACAGUCAAGCAGCACAAACUGAACCAGAUAAUAAUGACCAGUCUGUGGUUUAUGCAUUAAGCAAGUCUUCAGGGUAUGCUUGGAUUAAAUUAUAUUCUUUACAAGACAGUAAAAUUAACAGACAAAUUCUCAGUCUACCUUUUUAGAACACUUUCCUUGGGUUUUCUACAGUGUAACAGGUGGAAGGAUUACAAGUAGAACAACAGACCAAGAUUGUGUUCAAAUUUUAAUUCUUGAAUCCUUAAACAGAUUUUCAGUUUCUUUGCACAAAAUUUAUCCAAAAUAAUGUACAUUCAGAAUGUUUUUAUUAGGAGAAGUAUUUAGGAUAAUCUUGGGAUCUGUGCAUUUCUUUGGACACUCUGAGUCCCAAAAAUUGUACAUCACCUGGCAUUAGCGGUCUUCUCGUGCAUUAAAAUAUGGAGCACACUAUUAUAGAAACUAUCUUUUUUCCUGGAAGAAGAUUAUCUGAGUUAAAAAAUCUAAUCUGAUCUCAGACUCUCCUUGUAAGUGACCGUUACAUGAACAUGUACUAAUUAACAAGCCUUUUAAAUGUUUGCAUGGGUGGUUUAAUAUUGCCUUGGGCGAUUUCAUUAAAACCCCACACUAUACUUUCUGCUGGAUUACUUUUUGUCAAAUCUUCUUUGUUUCUUUAAAUGAUUUUAUAUAUCUUGAUAACUUACACUGUAUUGGUUUAAUAUAAUGGUUACUAAAAUUUAAUUGUGAUAAAUUGUAUAUGUUGUAGUUACAUUUUUUUUUAAUCGGUUCAAAAUUUUUAACUCAGGUCGAGGUUUUAUUAUUUUAUACCAGCUUAAUUUUUUCAAAUACGUCACUUUUUGUAUGUUAUUUAAAUCUUUAAUAGAUUUUUAACCAUUUUUUCAGUGAAGAGAUGGAAGUUGUACUCCAAAAUCAAGAUUUCAGGUCCAUCGAAAUCAUGGAAAACAACUUGCAGCUUCAAAAAAAUGAAGUGAGUUUAAUUUUCAUUGUGAUCAGAGACAUUCUGCCUGUCUUCCCUUGGAAGGUAACUUGAAAUUUUCGAAAUGCCGGUUCCAAGAUGUUUCAAUUCAAAAAACUCCCAUGAGUAGUGUAGAUAUGUUUUGGAACAUUAACAGAUCGUCUAACAUGUUCUAGAUUUUACAGCAGAAGAAGAAGUCAUGUACUUUUCACUGUUGUUCUAGGGGUGGGAGGAGUGCAGACCCCUUGAUCUGUUUUUAGACUCAACUGGGAUCCAUAGAGUUUCUCAAACGUCUCCUACUUCAGCUUGCUUUGAUUUCUACUUUGAUAUGUUAUUGAAACUGCCACAAAGCUCUCAUCAUCAGCUUUUAUACGUGGCCAGGAAAUAGAAGUUGCUACAUAAACAUGUAUUUUUAGGGGAUUUCAAGAGGAUGUUAUUUUACAUUGUAUUAUUAAUCACUCUGUAACAUGUUUUUUUAACAAUGUUUGUUAUCCUAUAUUUAUUUAUUACCAGACAUUUUUACAGUUGUUAAAGAUGAUACUGAGCUUCUUAGUGAGCAAAUCCAGGAUAACUGAAGGCUUUCGCAGAGAUUCCCUUGCAAAAUAUGAGCAGGUAAGAUUGUAGUAAUGAUGUUGAUGAUGGUGCUGGUGGUGCUGUGAUGAUGAUGAUGGAUGCUUCUUUCUUGUUAAAAAGUUAAUUUACUAUUAAGUCAAGUCUUAAGACUUUAAUUUUUUAAUAAUAGUGAAUGCAUUAAAUUUAGGCAAUGGAGGACAUUGACAGAAAUGCAAAGGAGGAAAUGAAAGUUGAAGAACAGGUAUGAGAAAUUUAAGAAAUAAAACAGUUUUGUUGUUUGUUUUAUAUUAAAAGCCUUUUGAUAUUUGGCUUGCAAAAAAUGAUAUGGUAGUUUAUGUAGUUUAAAGAAACUUAGUGAAAAAAAAAAAAACAAAUGCCUGGAAAUAGCCAUUAAUAUAAUUUCAUCUUCAGGAACUAAGAAGCACCAUUACAGAUCCACUUGAAGUAGAUCAAGCAAUAGAAAGCCUUCAUUCAAAGUACUCUAAGAAAAUGGUAAGUUAAAUUCUGAACAACAGGGUCCAGUUGAUCAAAGGCAGGUUAUGAUUUUGCCGGGGUAAAAUUUCAGUCUGGGUUACUGUUUCUUUGUUUUAAAACAUUAAAGAAUUUAUGGAAUUUGCUUUGUGAACAUUUCGAUCUACAGUCAACUCUCUCUUAACUAUAAUGGACACAUCUAUAAGACAGAUGCCUCACUAAAAGAACACCUUGAAAUAGACAGAAAAUGGGAUGUUGAUUGAACUGAACACCUAGUUUGAUCAGACUUGGGGUUGAUUAUUGUACACUUUCUUGUAUCCCAUUCUUAUUUUAAUACUCCCUUUUUUCAUGUUUUUUUAAAUCUAAAGAGCUCAGAGAGGUUAGAACUUCAGGAUAAAUUGAAAACAGAUCUCUUGCAAGGCACAGAACUGUCAGAAGAAGAGGUGGGUUGAAAAAUUGUUUGUGUUGUAACAAAACAUAUGUCUGAAGCUGAUGCAUAUAAAAUACAUAUUUUUUGGCCUAGCUACACAAGGCUUGUAUUUUAUGCUGUUUGUGUUCAGGAACUGGGCAUUUUUCCUUGAUUUUUAGAAAUAACUAACGAUGGACAAAUUGAAUACUAGCUACAUGUUUUACUGUGAUACUCGAUCAUGCCCCUACAAUACUUGAAACAUUGUGGUCAGCCAGUCUUGCAUUAGUCUUUCAUAGAGCCGGACAAAAGGCCUGCCUCAGUCUAUAAUAAUAUAACAUUACUUUGUUCUCUGUAAGUUAUCAGGUUUUGCGGAAGAUACAUGUAUUAGAGUACAGUUAAUGAACCGUUAUUUGCAUUUUUUCUGCUAUGUUUCUUAUAUCUGUCUUCUAGUAGCCUGCAUAGCUUGUGGUUUUGAUUGGGAGUGCGCUCACCAGAAAAAACACCAGCUAUGCAGGCUGGGGGGACAGCCAUGGUGUUUGUCCCUUCCUGCCGGGGGGGAGGGGAGCGGGUGGGCUGAGGAGGGAGAGGGGUGGAAUGGUAGAGGGAAUUCCCCCUAUACCCAAUUGCAUUUUUAUACCCCUCCAUUUUGCCCUGUUAUGCGGGCUAUCCUUCUUUCAGCGACCUCUGUACAAUUAAAUAUGCAGAUAUUAGUAUUUUUUGCUCUCUGUCCUCUAAAGCUGAGAUUACCCCGUUUUUACAGGCAGAACAGAUUGUUGCUAAACUUAUGAUGAACAUGGCGGCUGCUGACAAGCGCUUGGCGGAAGAACAGAAUCGUCAGGCUAUGGUAAUUACAAUGUAGGAGUGUCAUAAUCUCAUAACCACAAUAUAACAAAAAAAAUGGGACAGAAGUGGUCAAGCUGAAUUACCUUUUGUGCGUGAUGGUUAACCAAAACCUACACAUGUGUGAUAUUUAACUGCAUACAAAAUCCUUGUCUCCUUUUACUUAAAAAAUAUUAUAAAGAUAAUAGGGACCAUAAAAUACCCCGUUUCUGCUGGUAAAUUACGCCAGUACCCAUAACACGGUUAAGGUGACAUAUAGUUGCAAUGUAGGAACAAUGUUGUAACUAGUCGAAACCAUGAAGCAACAAUGUUGCAAUGCUGUGUUGCGCUGAAAAUCGUCGUUGCGAAUAUUAUGAAGAAGUAUUUUCCUCAGGUUUGUCGGUCUAACUAGUACUGUUACGAGUUAACGACGUAAAAUAAGGGCCUCUAGCAGUUGUUCAUCGAGAUGCAUGUGCAAGGUGUUGAAUCUGGCACUACGCAGGAGAAACUCCAAAUUACACGGUUGAGGGUGAGACUUGUAACUACAGCCUAUAUUUAACUGGAUUUUGGUGUUUUUUUUUUAGGUACUGCAUGAAAAACUUGCACGAAGACAAGCACUUGCCCAGCAAAGAGCAGCUGACAACCAGCAGGUUAGCCGAGUAGUUACCCAUCAUCUACGCUAAAGCAAUAGAUGCAAUCAAACGAUUACUUUGAAGAGCAGUCGACAGAUUAAUAAGGGAGCUUGAGCAAAGACGACGGCGACGGCUACGGCAAUGAGAACGUCAAAAAAAGGUUUAGAUUAGCAAAACAACAACUCUGCACGUGAAUCACCCUCGGCUUUUUUGUGUGUUUCAUUGCCGUCUCUGCACGACUACGACGUGAAAGUGCUUAAUUUCACGAUCUUGUUGAAGACGUGAACGAAAGACGACUUUCUUUUUCUUUCCUUGACUUCAAUACAGUCUUUUAGACAAGUCCAGAAAAAUUUGCCAACAUUGAACGAGUUGGAAUAAGCGCGUUAAAGUUUGAGAUAGAAAAAGUUCUAUCUCAGCGAUCGUUGUCGCUGCGAUCGCUACGAUCGCUGGAAAGUGGUUUCCAUACGAUCACUGAACUUUUUUUUUCUCAGCGAUCGCAGCGAUCAUAUGGAAACCAGUUCUUGAAAUUUCUUAUUUUGUAGGAGAAAGAUGAAUUCGAGGAACGAUCCAAGCAGCCUCUAAAAAAUUUAGAGGUUCUACACAAAAAGGGAAAGCUCUUGGAAGACCAGAAGGAUAGGUAAGAUUUAAACCAGUGCAUGUGAGUAAUAAUACUGAACAGGUUAGUUAGAAGCUGUACAUAUUGCAUUUUUUUUUCUUACCUUUAAUGUGCGUUCAUCGUGUGUUCUUCUUCUGUUUGGACCAAAGGAUUAUGGAGGAAUACGAACAAGAUUUGCGUGUUUUGGAGGAAAAAAAUCAGAAAGGUAUGUUACCAUAACCUACUAUAGCACAGGGGAAACUGUUUUAAGCUAAAUGAAGCAAAAACGAAUCUGCUUUUAGAAUUCAGGUCAUCAAGAUUUGUCGAUCGGUUCGUAUGGGAAUGAUUGUUUUCGCUUAUGUCGCGCUAUAAGUCCAUGAUACUGCUAAUUUCACAUUUUAUUAUCCCUUUAGAGAUAUUAAUUAUAUUACCUAAUGACUGCGUAUGAGCUGUAAAAGCUAAAGGAUAUGACCCAUUUGUAAGCAAAUUGAGACAGAAAAGCCGAGUUGCGCACGAUGAUGAGCAUUGUGGUCAGAUGAUAUACUUUAAAUGCAUAUCAUCAGUUUUUAUCGAUGAAAUUCUCUUCCAGCUAUUUUAAAAAGUCAGCGAGAUCUCACUGAGAAGCUAAAGAGAAAGCGGCAGCAACGAAUGAGAAAACUAGAAAUGGAACAGGCAGCCGAAAGAGAAGAAUUCGAAAGAAAGGUCAGUAAAAUCACAUUAUUGUCUCAAACAGUUCCCCAUGUUCCAUGUGAUGUUUUUCUCCUCAAUUCGACGAUCAAUCUCGAUAAUAUCGAACGGAAAAAUAGGGGAAUUGAAUUGCUGAAGUAAUCAACAAAUGUUCUUUGAUAGAAUUUAUUUGAACAAACUCGGUGAAGAAAGAGGAAGUUAAGCGAAGCAUAAAAGUAAGAAGAUUGUGUCUGAUUGGCUUUUCGUAAAGCGCAAAGCAUUUUCUACCGCCAUCGUGGGGGUAGUUUGGACUUGAGUCGGUCAAAGCGGCAGAGUAGAGCGCUUUGUCUUAAGCUAAAAAAGUGAGCUUCAUACAAUAUUUUUAUCAAGUUCCAACGUAUUUGGAAAACAAAAGCGUUAAGAAACAACAGACUGCAGCACAAUAGCCUGCGUAGCAAGCGUUUCCUCGCGAGGUUCGUCUAGAAAGCCGGGACAAGAGCAAAAAAAAAUCCGCUCUAACUUUCGCGCAAUAACUCGACUGGAAACGCUUGCUACGCAGGCUAGCAGUACAAUACAAGCUUCGCGGUAUGGCCAGCACUUAUGCAUGCGCUCCACCACGUCACUGGGGUAGUGGGAUCCAUGAUCAGCUUUCUCGCGGUUCUUACGGCUUACCCGUCAGAUCCCUGUACGGAAUAACACGCGUUCAGAAGCUCUUCAUUACCGAGGCCAGUGCAAAGCAGACUUUUUUUAAAGCCAUCUCCACCUAACACUGGAAACCGCUAAACAGUUCUUGACGUGCGUAUGCAGCCGGGAACAGCUUUGCAAAUGCAAAUGUAAUGCUCCUGUCAUCUUCAGCUGCAACAAAGAGUGUACAGUUGAAUACGUUUUUGCUCUUAUUUGUUUGUUUAAGGCUGGCCAGUUGGUCAAUGAAGGUAACAUGACAGUCGAGGACUUCCUAGAGUCUAACCAUCAACUAAGAGUUCAACAACAAACUGCGAGAGAGGAAGAGGAAGACCGAGCUGAUGACAUGGAAGCGGAGGAGCUUAACAACCUUAGACAGGUAUUAUAUUGAAAGAUAUAGUUCAGUCCGUGACACAGGCGGCUGAAGAAAAAUCCUAGUACUCCCAACAGGAAUCGAACCUGUGAUCAUCUGGAUGCUAGUUCAGACGCUCUACCACUAAGCUACACGGUCACUAAGCUUUCUGUAUUUACAACAAACAAGUGACAAGAAAGUGCUACUGUUAGACAACUUUUGGAGGAAAAUUUAAAAUCCUCGUGGGAAAUUUUCCUUUAGAUUAUUUCCCGAUUUUCGCUGUUUUAAGUUCAAUGGUCACAACAUUAGUAACAAUCUGUUCAGUUGACGGCAGUCACAAUUCAUUUAACAGAUUUUUUUCUCGUUGUUUUUGUCGAUUUAGGAACUGGAAGAGACUAAGCAGAAAAAAUUGCAAGAAAGGGAAGAAGCUUUGUUUGAACAGAUCAGAAAAGAGGCGCAUUUAUCAUCCAAAGAAGCAGAGAAGUUGAUGAACAAGCAUUUGGAAGAUCUUAAAGAGUCCAAUGGUUUGUUGAGUUCUUCAGUAUUAGUUAUUUUUUAUGUACCGUUGCGCAAAUAGUUGUUUUAUCUACAUGUAUACGUGCACUUUUCUACACAGAUGUUUCUCGCACGCACGUUCCGCGCGUGCACACCAACUCUAGCACUCUCCUCACAUCUUGUCUUCACCAUGCAUUUCUUGAUCACGCGUACAUGUGUCUUUUGUGUGCUUCCUGUGCUCUUUUCCCUGGUCAACUGCUGCUAUUUUUAACGCUCUUUUUUGCUUGGGUUACAUUCACACGGUAGCGGACGAAUUCAGUUCGGCACUGAGUAUUUUACCCCGCAUUCAAAAUGCACCAGAUUGCAUCUCAACGCAUAUUCAUUAAAAAAAAAAGUUCCUGGAGGCAUGUCCCCGGACCCCCUAGGAACCUCGUCGCCUUCGGCCACUCAGGACUUCUCCCCCAAACGAUAAAUCCUAGAUAGAACCCUGAUUCCCCAAUGCGCUUUUCGUCUUUCUUCAUGGUGGACAACAAAGCAGCGUCUAACAAGGUUUGUUUAUGACCUUUUAAGACAGGAAAAACCGUGAGCGAGAGCGACAGAGAGCUACAAUUCAAGAAAGACUAGCAGAAAGAAAGCGGAGAUGGGAAAGAGAAAUGGAGCAACAGCAAGCAGAACAAAGUCAAAUAGUGGCAGAACAAGAGAAAGCAAUAAAACAAGUGCUCAACACUCAAGCGGGACUGGCUGAAGAGUACGUGUCCACCAAAUUUUCUAAUAACAUGACUAUGAGUGAAAGAAAAGCUGUUAACUGAAAAGAAUAAAUAAGAAAAGUUUAUGUCGACGACUAGGCUGCAAAGAAAUUGUACUCAGAUUUGUAAACUGGCGCGUUGGCCGUUAUUAGGUGACCUUGAGACUGGGUCUGUGUUGAGUUGAACUGCACUAUGGGAUUGUUUUGGGGGACGACUUGUGACCCAGUUUCCUCUGCAAUUUUUCCUCGUCCCCAGGGUGUCUCCCUCAAAAAUGGGAGGGAAUCCUUGGGGACCAGGGUGAGUAAUAUCUAAUAAAAGAAGAGAAAGCCUCCUUUUAACUUUCCCAUAGUGCAAUACGACACAACACCGAACCAGUCUUCUGCGUAGCCUGAAAUGGCUGGUACCUCUUUGCAUCAGUGGUCGUUUUGAAAAAGAAAAUUUAGCUUUUUAUUAAAAUAACUUUUCUUAUUUGUUAUUCAAGUGACUUAUAGCUAGAUUAAGACAUUUACUUUUUUUGCAGGUUAAGGAAGCAGGUCAUGUUAGAACACGAACAGAACAUGGCAGCGUUGAAUAAUCAUCUGCAAAUGACGAGACUCAGGCAACAAAAAAGGUUCGUUUAGUUCAAUCUGAGUCGCGAGGAGGGGGGGAAAUUAUCUCUUUCUGUGUGCCUAUGGGUGGGGAUAUACCGCCGUAGGAGGAAAAAACUGAUAAAUUUCCCGGGGGUUUACCAGGAAAGGCAUUGCAACAGGCAGAAUUGAACUUUACAUUUACGCCUUUUUUUGAAUGUGGUCACAUCAGCCUUUUCUAGUAUAAAACCAAACUAAUAUCAGUUUAAAGAAAAUUGUCGUACUAUUAUUCCUUUUAAUGUCAAUUACCUGAGUGUUUUGGUGGAAACCGGUGUAAAUCCCCGCCCGUCAAUCGAGAUACUCUUUAGUUAAGCUAACAAGCGCUUCAAUUUUUUACCUACAGGCUGGAGCAGCGGCUCGCAACCCGAAGAGCACGACUCGCUGAACUCAGGCAACAAAUGGAAGUGGAGCGAGAAAAUCAUCCUCAGAACGAUCCAGAGGCCAUGAAAGCACUCGCUAGGGUGCAGGUUAGUUCCUUAUUUCCAAGUUUAUAUUCCUCUUGCGGUGUUUCUUAUAACUCCUUAUUCGAGUUUUCUAGUGACUAUUUGUUGAGUAUUCAUCCUGUCAGACUUAAACGAAAUAUCCACAAGUUCCCCAUGAAGAAGAAAUGUAAAAUUAGAUUAUAAGGGUAGGAGCGAUUUAAAACAUGACAGACACGAGAAAGAAACGAUUUACUAUUUUCGUUUUCUAAUCGACAUAAUAGUAUACUGUUAUAGUUAUGUCAUAUGCUAUAAAUUAUGUCAUGUCAAAAAAUUCGUGUCACCUUUUGUAGAACAUUGAAUAUCAGGCAGAAGUGAAGAAAAUUGAGGCUGAACAUCAAGCUGCUCUGGAAGACUUCAGAAGGUGAAUAGCGUUCCAGUUUUAUUGCCCAAAAUACCAUUUAUCCUGGCUGGUUGUCAUUUGGAUUUAUUUCAGCUGUGUUAGGUAGCUGAAAUCUUGAUCUAGCGCUGACACCGUAUAUUUAAUUCGCCACACAAGCAUGAUUUUUGAUAAAAACUCGUUUCCCUUCAGGGCAGGAAUGACUCUAAACAGCGGCGAUAUCCAUGGAUUCAAGUGUGCGCGUGUGUCGGGGGGGGGGGGGGGGCUUCAGCGCCACUGUCGACUCUGACAGCUUUAAUGUACCGAGCCAUGGACAACGCAUCUCAUAUGAAAAUACUUUUUUCUUGUCACUAAAAAACCUCUUUGCCUGUUUUUCAGUAGCUAUAAUUUUGUCACAUGAAAUUUAAUUAAGUAUUCUCAUGUACUCGAGCACCGAAAAAUUCUGGCAUAAAAUUUGCUCGGGUGGACGGGGCUCAGUUCCUUUGGUUUUGGGUUUUAUAAAAUUACGUUCACGCGCCUUGUGUUUUUUAGACGCUUGGAAGCCGAGACAGAUGAAGCCCUGAAAGAACAGGACGAGAAACUGGGGAAAAUCCUGGGUAAACUACAGGUGAGCUGAGUUAUUUUUCAGUGCAAUUCAUGCAAUGAUCAGCUUCUUUUUGGAGUCAGACACCACUUUCUGUUACUUAUUUUUUUUACACGAUAUUUUACUUCAAGGUUGCAGUAGCGAGGCGAGAAGAAAUUAUUAAGCGACAAGAUGAAGCUAUUCGCUCCUUAGAGGUAACUCAACUCUUGAUAACUGGUAAAUUUGUAUAUUUAGUUAUACCACUAGCUGUUGGCAGCUUUGAAGUUUCCAUUUAUAUUUUAGCAGAAUCUUUGUAGAAAAAAUUAUUUUAUUUCAUUAGGGAUUUAAAGCUUCUCUUCCAACUGUAUAAUAAACCGUUUUUAUAUGAUUUCUUUUCUUUGUAGAAAAAACUCGUUGAAAACAUGACAAGAGAAGGGACGCUGGCUGAUGCGCAAACAGAUCGCAUCAUAAGGCAGCAUCAGAAACAAGUGGACAAGUUAAAUGCGCAGAUAGACGCGUAAGACUCGACUUUUCACCUUUUCUGAUGUUGCUCGCUCAUUAAACACCGACUUCUCAUUAAAGUUCUGACAUGUCAUCUACAGUUUUUAACUGGGAAGAUCUUGCUGUAGAUUUACGUAUGGCAGCACUGGUUUUAGCAGAUUAACUCUCGGUGUUCAAAACACUAAUAAACCUUUCACGUCCCCGGCUAGCCUACGAACGCAGACGUAUUGUUGGUCGCCGAUUCUCUAUCUACGGCUUGUCUUGCAACGGAAAAAAUAUAUUUGCUUCCACUCGGAAUUCAGUUGAAGAAAGCAAUCGUUUUUUAAGUAACUAGUUAAAACAGGGACAGUUUGUGACGCUCUUGUUUUGCAUAAGCGGGAAUUUGAAAAGCGGUGAGUGAUGAGAAGGGAUUAGUCUGUGAUUACGGCAGACGUAUUUCUGGCCGUGUAUGGUGAUAGCUAGAAAUACAUCUGUAUUCGAAGGCUUCUAGAAGAACAUUUGUUUCCAGUCUUUGCACCUCAAAGAAAACCAUUGCAACUGAUUUAUGUUAUUUUGUACCAAGCGAUUUUACUGUUUUGUUCACAGCGAAAAAGAAAAGCAGAUGCAAAAGAUCCGAGAAAAACUAGAAGUAAAACAGUUAAAGAAAGCAAGGUUAGUUUCUUUUGUGAAUAAGAGAUGCUUUUUUUUUCACCGUCACUCAACCUCGUUCCCAGGGUUCUCUCCUAUGCAGGUGGGAGAGAACCCUGGGAACGAGGUUGACCGUCACUGGGCUCUAUUUUCUAAUAAUGCAAUAUUUCUUAACGUUCUAUUUUAGAGCUUUAGAAGCAAAACUUUAUCAAGAAAAAGAGGAACAAAAGAGCAAAGCGGCAAAGUAAGUUUUAACUCCUUUCCACUUUUUAAUGUUGCUUGUUAGCGGUUGCAUCCUUUCCCGUCUUUCGCAUUGCAAGUGCCAUAGCAAGUUUGUACGCGAUUGAAGGUGGCUUUAUAUGUAGCCGUAGAAGAAAGCCGACAUUUAGCGACGCUACCGCUGGUUUCCCCGCCAAAUGACGUCUGAGAAACCAGCGCAGAAAUUCCAUACUGAUGACGCGUCACUACCCAGAACUGGGUAGUGCUUCUGAUUGGUCGUGCCGCCUGGCAAAUUUAUUUCAACCAAUAUUAUACUUGUUCCUCUGUAGGUCAGUUGGUGUAAAACUUUCCCUGCUUUUAGCGGAACAGCGUCACAAGAGAGCAUUAGAGGUAAUAGGCGUUUUACAUAGGUCUCAGUUUUUUCUCUGAAGGAAAGAACAAUUGUACAUGUUACUUAUUGCUGUGGUUUGUACAAUUACCUCAUGUGAUCGGCUGAACUGAACUUCUGGCGCCAUUACUAACCAGUUAAUAAACUGAGGAAACCAACAGCAGCGCUUGGCGCGUGCUUCGUGUUUUGCCUCAAGAUGUGAUUGGCUCUUUAGAUUGUCCCCGUUUCUUUUGAAUGGUCAUAAGUGUUCCAGUAAGCGUACAUCCUUGGACCCCCCCCGAAAAAAAAAUCGGGUAAUGGGGACGAGUACGUCCCACUCGUUCGAAAGAACUAGUCACGCGUUUUGGAUUUUAAUACUGAGUUAAGCAGACAAACCGGCUCGUGCUUUGGUUUAUGAACGGCAAAAGCUGCUGUAGGAUUUGGCUUUCUUAUUUCUUAGUUUGCAGCGUUACAAAGUGUUCUUGCUUAAAUAUUGCCCUGUUUGUGUGUCGUGGCCCAUUUUAGAUAACUCAUCGCACAUUGUUCUCGAUGUAUUUGUUUAACAGGAUAUGGAGCGUGAGAUGCAGAUGGAUUUAGCACGUCAGUUGGAGCAGUUAAAUAGAGAAAUGGACGAGCAACUGUUAACAGACUUGCAGGUUCAAUUAGUUUCCUGUUCCAAUGAUGUUACUCUAGUAUGUCGCGAGAGAAUCGUCCCCAGCGACGGGGAAAGACGAGAGGCGGCUGUAUUCACAGGCUAUGGAUAUCGCUUUUCUUGCUGUUUAGAUCUGAUGACCACUUCCAUUAAAUUUACUUUGUGUGUGUUUCAUACAGUAGCCUUCCACUUCUUUGAAACUUUUAACUUCAUUGGACCCUAUAUGUUGACAGCUCUUCUGUUUUAAGGCUUUGUUCCACUUUCUACUUUGUCGUAUUUUUUUUCAUUGUUUUCGCAACCAAACCUCUCAGGCCUUGUUACAGCUUAGCAGUGCCUCUUUUCAUUUUUUUUCCUGUUUUCUUUUCUCUCUACUAACACCGCCUCGGAAGCCUAUUGGAGGGCAAGAGAGAAUGAGCUAAGCUUAGAUCAUUCUCUCUUGUGGAGGGCUACUCUUGAUGAGGGAAUGUGAGAUCAGUAGAAGCGGGUAUGUGACUAGAUUUUCAGAAACGUCCUUCGUCCGAACGCCCGCUCCACUCGCUAACAAACUCAUGAGGUCGACUUGUAGCAAGUCUGGUAUGUGAUGUAAGAUCCACUUCUCAGGCUCCUUUAUAAUUUCACCGAGACUUGUGUUCGUUCUAGCGUUUGCUGGCUAAAGUCAUCGAGGGACUAAGUUAUCGCAAUUUUUUCAAUGAAACGUCCAUCUGACAUCCUGUGAUAAUUAAUUCUUGUUUAUAGGAGGAAGAGAGGAAGUUCAUAGCUACCUUGGCUGAGAACAGUUCAGCUACAGAAGAAGAACUGCUUCAAACAAUCAAGAGUUCGGCAGUAGGUAAGAAUGGAGAGGGACUGAAGUAAUAAGGGAGACAUGAAGGCCUCACCAGUCAGUUGUCGUUAAGUAAUUAUUUGUCAUCUUUUCCUUUCACAGAGGUGGGAAUGGAUGCCAAGCUAACGAAGAGCAUCGCUAAAGAUGUUCGUAGAAGAGUUAGAACUGCCCGUACUCCAGGUCCAGAAGUAUAACCACUAUAAACCCAGCUACAAAAAUGAGAUUGCAUGCUGAGAUAUAUUAUAUCACAGACUGAUCAAAUAUAAUCAGUUGAUGGUUAGUUGUUUUAUAACGCGCUAUCCGAUUAGAGGGACUGUUUAUUGUCUUUUGUGAACGGAAAAAAAUACGUGCGCUCAUGCUCGCGGCCUUGUAUAGGAAGACCAUCCAGUUCCAUUUUCAAACACCCUGCUCGAAAGACAGCUAGCUAGCUUUAAUUCACCGGGAUAUCCUUCGCUGAACUCGGCCUUAUCAAAGAUCGUCUGCUAAGAAGCUAGAGUGGCCCGUUAUGUGGGUUACCUUCCCAUUUAUGUAAACGCUUCAAUGCGUUUUCUAAAGAAAGAUUAUGAAAAGUUGGCCCUAAGCUCGUUUAGCCAGGCCACCCUCUUUCCGUGUGAACUGGCCCUAUGAUGUAAGGUACAGCGGCAAUCGGCAUUUUAAUUGCUAUUUAUUUUCUUUGGGUCUGUGAUUUUGUAUUCACUGGACUAUAACAUUGUAAAAAGGUUCAUACAAACGCAAAUUUCGCCGUACGUGUUGUGUUUUGCAGUCAUUCUUAUUGUAAGCGUUAUUCCAAAACGUCUAUUUAUUCUUACUCUGGCUCGAGGAUCAAUACUGUAUUUAUUAAAUCGUAUCUAUUUAUUUUUAUUUGUGGG